UGGAGUAUGAUAUGACAGAUGUCAGAUCGGUGUUGGUUAAGUUUGUGAUAAGAGUUUUUGUUUAAUUUAACGUAGUCUAAUGAAAAGCACUACUUUUAGAAAUAAAAUCAUUAUUGUUAUCGAGUUAAACAUUAUAAUGAAGCAGUGAAUUAAAAUUAUGGAAACAACAAUUUCAAAUUAAAUUAGUGAGGUUAUGUUUUAAGGUUUAUUUUUCAUUUUGUAUUCAAAAACACACCUUAUAAUAACUAUGGCGAUACUCAAACAAAUUUUACGAAUAUCUAAUUAUACCUGGUCGUUUAAAAGAACUUAUGCCAGUAGAAAUAUACUAAAAUUGAGCGAAAGGGGAAUGUACCAGGAUAUGUUUCCUAAUACCGCCGGGAAUGAAAUAUUAAACUUAUUGAACAAGUCUCCACAAUGUGUGUAUGCAGGAUUUGACCCUACUGCUAAUAGCCUUCAUGUUGGCAACCUGUUGGUCAUCAUCAAUCUCCUGCACUGGCAGAGAGGUGGCCAUAAUGUUAUUGCACUGUUAGGUGGAGCCACAGGUCACAUUGGGGAUCCUAGUGGCAAAACAACAGAUAGAGUUGCACUACAAACAGAUGUUAUACAAAAUAAUAUAGCCUGCAUAAAAAAUAAUCUUGAGACAGUAUUUGAAAAUCACAAGAAGUAUAUUUGGACAAAAGAUGAGAAUAUAUUGCAACCAGUGAAAAUAGUUAACAAUGAGUCAUGGUACAAGAAUAUAAAUGCGAUUCAGUUUGUUAGUGAGAUUGGACGCAAUUUCCGCAUGGGCACCAUGUUACUGAAGCAGAGUGUGCAGACAAGAAUAAAUUCUGAAGUGGGAAUGAGCUUCACUGAAUUUGUUUAUCAGAUAUUCCAGUCUUAUGACUGGCUGCAUUUAUUAAACGAAUAUGAUUGUAGAUUUCAGAUAGGAGGUAGUGACCAAAUGGGAAAUAUAACGGCAGGUCACGAACUUAUUAGCAGAACUGCAAAAAAGGAUGUGUAUGGUCUAACAUUACCACUAGUAACAACAGAGGAAGGAGACAAAUUCGGGAAGUCAGCUGGAAAUGCUUUAUGGCUUGAUGCUUCUAAAACAAGUCCAUACAGCCUCUAUCAAUACUUCAUCAGGACCAAGGACUCAGAUGUCGAGAGAUUGUUAAAACUAUUUACAUUCUAUAGUACAGGAGAAAUUAAAGAUAUCAUGUUCAAACAUCAGCAUCAUCCUGAUCAAAGAUAUCCUCAGAUGUGCCUUGCAGAGCAACUCACAACCUUGGUACAUGGAAAGGAGGGUCUAGCCCGCGCACAGAAGGCGACAGAAGCUAUCUACAGUAAAGAUGUUAAGAGUCUAAUAUCGUUGAGCUCCACAGAAGUCGUUCAAGUAUUCGAGGGCGCCUCGGUCACUUCUCUGUUACUCUCUCCUGGAAUAACUGUAUUGGAGUUAGGAAUGAAGGCCAAAUGCUUUCCUACAGAAAAUGAUGCAAUAAGAAUAAUACAAGCUGGAGGAUUUUAUAUCAACCACCAAAGGAUAAAUAAGAUCGACGAAGUGAUAACGCAGUCCGCUCACAUAUUGCCCAACCUCAUGUCCUUGUUGAGAGUAGGCAAAAGAAACUACUAUAUUGUGAAGUGGCAAACAUAAUAAAACGCUAUGAAAUAAUCAUUUGAA